UGUAGCUCUUGGCACUGUAAACGAGCCUGAUGCUGCCCUGCUGGUAACUGCAGGGUGAAAUCUGGCGCUGCCCAUGUUGACGAAAUACUAUCCAUUGUGGUGCCCAGAAACCACCAAAAGGGAGCCUGCUCAGCCGGAGGAUUUUGAUUUUUGGUUGAGCUCGAAUCGCUCCCCUGAGUUCAAAGUCAAUGUGCAACAGUACGAAGGCCAUGACUACCAGAGGUUCUACACAGAGGCCUACAAGAAAAGGCACCUGAAGGAACCAGAUGCCAAAGUGGUCAGAGUGAGGGUGAAAGCUCUGGACAUUGUUGAGAUUGACCAGGUCAAAGAGACCUUCACUGCAACCUUCAAGAUGGAAUUCGAUUAUGUGGAUCCAACCUUGAUCACCACCUGGCAAAUCAUCAAGUACCUAGAGACUGAAGGUCCGACAACUUCAGUCGUGACGGUCGAAGCACACAUCUUGGGUUAUGAACCUGGAGACUCUGAAAAGCAGAAGGUUGUCCUCGGUGUCCGUCGCAAAGAGCGCAAAACGACACGGGACAUGGCGCAAAACGACACGGGACACGACAAAGAGGAAAAGUCUAUUUGCAAAGUUAAAGUGCAAGUGGAGUAUGGCGAAUAUCUUUCAGUGCCCAAAAAGGACCUGCUGAGUGUGAGUCUUCCAGAAAGACACAAUUGGCAAGACCACGUGGCUUUGAAGUGGUCCUUGAUGAAUGUGGUGGUCACUCAGCAUGAACUCAUGUGCGAAGAUCAGCAGAUUAAUUUCUUUGACGAAAAUGGUGGUCAUGUCACACGCUGGUGGAAGAUGCAGGCCACGUUCAGCGACCGCCUUCAUUUGGAGAAUAUGCCGUUCGAUCGGCAGCUGUUGCGCAUCCAGGUUGUUGGCGAGAUUCCAACCUACAUGAUGAAGUUUGAGUCCCUGCUUGCAACAGCUGGGGAUUUAAAGACUGUCGACGCGAGGAAAGACCGCAACCUUCCAGUUCAGUGGACAGUGGAAGAUGCACCGAAGGUACAUCUACAGGUCAUCAAAGAGGAUGGAGAGUUUAGUCGUGCCAGGUUUGAUUUGCACAUCUAUGUUGAGAGGAACCCAAGGUUCUACACCAUCAAUGUAUGUCUGUUCGUGUGGCUAUUCACAAUGGGCACAGGUGUGGCCUUCACCCGUGGAACCGGCACAUACAGAGAUGGUCACAAGAAGAUGGACUGCCUAUUGACUCUUCUCUUAACGACAGUGGCUUACAAGAUAAUUCUUGCUGCAUGGCUGCCGGUCAAACCAUACCUUACAAAGCUUGAUUGCUACCUAGUGCUGUGUUUUUGCUUCCAAGUGCUGGUGAUUGCCUACGUUGCCUUUCAAGACUUUUGGGACGCAAAGGCAGAAUCCAUUCUCAACAAAGACGGUUUCCUUUGGCAGUAUGGCUAUGAAUUUGGAGCUUCGUGGGUGUAUGGCACCUGCUUCCUUGGGCACUUAUGCUUGGCAACAAUGAUCCAUUUCGACUGCAAACGUGGAAUUCUGCGGAGGGAGAGCUGGCCCGAAGUGUACAAGAGGAAAUUUGUUUGGCCACCAGGCACAUCCUUGAAAGGUCACCUUGAUGGUCGUGACAAGCCCGAUUCAAGGGCCGGCAAACCUGAAGAGUCGGACGAUUCAGAAAGUGAGGCUGAUGAGGCUUCAGUGACGGCUUCAGGACCUGAGGAUUCAGAUGGAGAUCACCAAAAGCUGCUCAUUGACUGAAUGGUUUUGAUCAGAUCAGGGCGGGUCUCCCAGCGUCCCCCAGGGUCCCACUGAAUGGUGGGCUGUUAGCCAGGCAAGCUGCAAAGGACAGCAAACCUGGAAAAUGGUUGCGAAUGGUGGCUAAAACAGGUUUUUCAGAGAUCCUGUUCGACAGUUGACCCAUGUUGACCCCUGGCUUUUGGUGUUGCUCAAAGAAUCCACAGCUGUGCCAGCCGAACGCCGCAGCUGCCCUGGCUUUUCCAACCCUGUAGCUGGUCGGUGGCGUGUCGCCUCGCUCCGCACUGUGCGAGUCGGAGAUGGAGCCAACUGAGGCAAAGGCCUUGAACGACCGCGGCUGGACACACCUUUGCCAGGGACGGCGCCACGAAGCU